GAAAAAAUCGUCUUCAGAAAAUUUAAAACUUUCGUUUUUUUUCUAUUUCCGGGAAACCUGAUUCCGUGUUUGAUAUUUUCCCAGACUUUGCACAAGAACUGGUCCAUAAAUUGACAGGUUAUGACUUCCUCCGUGCCACAACAUAUUCACUUUGCUCUCGUAUGACAUAUUUGCGGCGCUAGAAGUGAGACCACACCAAUGCGUCUUUUGCUGGGGUCCAACGAUGACCAAAUCUCUAUUCAUAUGAGCCAGCAACAUAUGAAGGUCAGCGUGUUGCAUAGUGUUCCGCAUGUACCAAAACGAAUCGACUUUUUGAAGCGAAAGGGUACUGUGACAAGGUUGUGACCAAAGUUUUAUCUAAAACAACCUAAGCUGGAGUUAAUUUUGUCAGGAUACAGUUAACACAGGUCUUGACCACCUGUACUGGUUUUUUAGAUUUGUUCUCCUUUGCCAAUGGCACACCAUCGCCCCUUGGGUGAUCCACUUUCUGGAAUAAACCAAUAUCCAUUUCCUCCGAGGAAAGGUCAACAGGAUCUCUCCCCAGGUGGUAGGAAAAACAUGCCAGCUAUUGGCUCACUGAGGAAAAAGUUGCCUGUUUUUAAUGAUGAUGGGGAAGAUGAUUAUGGAUCAAGUGGAAUGUACUUUAAUCCUUCAAUGUUUCCUCCACACAGACCAGAGAAAGAGCCUCAUCUUGGGGGUCUUUAUGGAACACCUUCUGGUAUGCAAUCACCUGGACCUCACCAAUCUAAUUUUUAUGGCUCAGGGCUCCCAAGCUCAGGACUUCCUCCAAAUGUCAACUCCAUGCAGGUUCCACCAAGUGCUCCAAGAGGAAUGUCGUCUGCUCAGUUUGGCAGAAGCUUGUCACAUCCUAAUCCUACCCACUCCACAACGUCGCUCAGUGGAAGUGUAACCACUCCCGGUGUACCCAGCAUUCCAUCCAGUCUUCACAACAUGGUGGGAUCACAGGGAGGAAAUAUGUCAUCACAAUCAGCAAGUAGAGGGAUCUUGUCUAUGGGUCCCAGAGGAGUGAUGGGGCAAAUGCCACCUGGUCCUGGUCACUUAGGAAACCAGGGUGGUCUCAAUAAUUUGCCAAAGACAAGUAGAACAAUCUCCAUACCAUCAUCGUUAUCAAGCUCCUCAAGAAGUUCACCAGUACUAGCAAUUGGAAUGAAUGCACCACAGGCACCCCAACAAACACAUCAACAGAGAGGCUUCAACCUUGGAGGGUAUGUGGCGAUGCAAAAAAAAUGUACAAUGGCUCUUGAAAACAACUUUUUAAAAGGGUCUUUUUACCAUCCUCCUGUCUUCAUAAGAUGAAGCCUGAUCAGAAUU